UGAGUAUCAAUCAGAGAGAAGUUAGAGGGACAGAAAGAGAAAAAGAAAGACACGGAGUAGAAGGACGGAGAGACGCGCGGAGGUGCAGACCGCAUCCAAACUCUCAGUCCUGCCGGAGUGGGUCUAUGCGCAGCCAGGAUGGCACGGUCUGCCUUCAGAGUUUUGACGCGGCGUUUCUAGUCAGACUUGGGAUUACUUUGGACACUUGGUGAGUUUGCGCUCCGCUGUGAACACUGACGUGUGCGUUUUUGAUUGUUUUUGCUCAACUGCGUUGGACGGACGGAGUGGGUUUUUCGCCGCGUCCUCCCCCUCGGGUGGAUUUGAGAGAAAUGAGUGAGAGGAGGCGAUCUGCCGCUGCUCUGAGCUCUAGAGCCCACGCGUUUUCCGUGGAAGCCCUGAUCGGUUCCAACAAGAAGAGGAAGCUCCGGGGCUGGGAGGAGAAGGAGCUGGAGUUGUCCAUGGAGAGCCUCGGCACGGACGGAGAGGACCCGGCGCACUGUCUGGAUAUGGACCCGGACUCGGAGGCGAGUCCCGGCUCGGACGGAGAGGGUCUGGCGGAGAGGACGUCGUGCUCCUUCGGUUCACCUGCCGAUCUGGCCCCGGGCCCCUGUGACCCGUCGCCCCCGGCCUCCAUGGACGAGAUCCAGGUGGAGCUGCAGUGCGCCGACCUGUGGAAGCGCUUCCAUGACAUCGGCACAGAAAUGAUCAUCACCAAGGCGGGAAGGAGGAUGUUUCCUGCCAUGCGGGUAAAGAUAGCAGGUCUGGACCCUCAUCAGCAGUAUUACAUCGCCAUGGACAUCGUUCCUGUGGAUAAUAAGAGAUACAGGUACGUGUACCACAGCUCCAAGUGGAUGGUGGCGGGAAACGCCGACUCCCCGGUGCCUCCGCGGGUCUACAUCCACCCAGACUCUCUGGCCUCAGGGGACACGUGGAUGAGACAAGUGGUCAGCUUCGACAAACUCAAACUCACCAACAAUGAGCUGGAUGACCAGGGACAUAUCAUUCUUCACUCCAUGCAUAAGUACCAGCCACGUGUACACGUCAUCAGGAAGGACUUCAGCAGUGAACUGUCUCCCAACAAGCCAGUGCCAAGCGGAGAGGGAGUCAAAACCUUCAGCUUCCCAGAAACAGUCUUCACUACCGUCACCGCCUACCAGAACCAGCAGAUCACCAGAUUAAAGAUUGACCGCAACCCUUUUGCCAAAGGAUUCAGGGACUCUGGCAGGAACAGGACUGGCUUGGAGGCGAUUAUGGAGACCUAUGCUUUCUGGAGACCUCCUGUGAGGACCCUCACGUUUGAGGACUUCACCAACAUGCAGAAACAGCAAGGUGGAAGUACUGGCACCUCUCCCACCACCUCCAGCACAGGAACCCCUUCCCCUUCUGGUGCAGCUCACCUCCUGUCCCCAUCCUGCUCUCCCCCCACCUUCCAUCUGGCCCCCAACACCUUUAAUGUGGGCUGCAGGGAGAGUCAGCUCUGCAACCUGGGCCUGUCCGAGUACCCAGCCUGCGCUCGUAGCAACAUGGCGGCCCUGCAGGGCUACGGCGGUUUGGCCGACAGCUCUUACGGACGCCUCCAGGCUGCAGGAGGCGCUGUGGCCUCUGCUCAGCCCUCUGAAUCCUUCCUGCCACAGAGGACUUCCUCCCUGAUUGCUGCUGGGAUGCAGGGCAGCACGCACGCCUCCCUGACCGGUGGCGGCGGCGGUGGCGGCACUGGAGGCAAGAUGGAUGCCUACAGCGGUCAGCUCAGCUCCUUCCCAGCCUCACAGCUUCAGUAUGUGAUGCAGGCUGGAGGUAGCUCUAGCUCAGCCUCAUCCUCCUCAUCUGGAUCCUCCUCUUCCUCUGCCCACAUGUUCAGUGGGAGCCACCACCAUGUGCAGCAGGGGUCCUAUAACGCUUUUUCCCUGCAUAACCCCUACAACUUGUACGGAUACAACUUUCCCACCUCUCCUCGCCUCGCCGCCAGUCCCGAGAAGCCUCAGGGAGGGUUACUCUGCUCCUCCUCACCAGCCGGGGCAUUUGCUGAGCGUCAGUACCUGUCCAACGGAAGCAUGGACACGAUGCAUAUGAUCGGCAACCCCGGCAGUGGCCAGCAGGGCGGUGGCUCCUGUGAUGGGCGUCAGUAUGGUUCCUCCUCUCAGAUGUCCAUGCACAUGGUGUAGAAAGAAGAACUUUACCCUCCACCAUGUUUUUGAGGUCUUUUAGCUGAGAAGCAAAUCUAUAAUCGAUGAACCCGGUUUGGUGUUGCUGUUGAACUGGCGGUUCUAUUAUGAUGGUACAAAACCAAAGGAUAUCAUCUCAUGUUUUUUUGAAGACACUUAAAAUGCAGUACCGGAGUCAAACCUAUUAUUUAAUUUUCUUUGUCAACAAGAAAAAUGGGACAGCAGACUAAUGCUCAUUCUGACCCUGAGA